AUGAGCUCACUGAGCGGCGGCGGGCGGGGGCCGGCGGGGUGAGCGGCCCGGCUCAGAGCCGCCGCGCCACCGGGAGAGGAAGGGGCUGCCGGCCGAGCCCGCCCUCUACUCGCCCACAGCGGCGGCCGGGCGGCGGGGACGCGACCGGAGGGCGCCGGGAGAGGCCCGGCCGACACGAGCGCGGGGGGCUGCGGGCCAUGGCGCCCCGGGCCCUCGCCGCCCGCCGCCCCCGCCCACCCGGGCGCCCCCGAGCUGCGCCUCGGAGCCCACGGAGCCUCGGCCCGCCAGGAGGCGACUUGGAGCUCCUCUUGGUGCUGACAUGAUGACAGUGUGCAGGCCAGCCAAGGGCAGCCACAGCCAGACUGAAAACCUGGGCCACAAAUUGGCUGACAAGGUCAAGGUGGAAGGUCCAAAGGCUGGGGAAGACCCUCAAAGGCAGCCGUUUAGGUCCUCCGUUCCUUUCCUAGAGACUGAUCAGGAUUCACCCUUCCGAAGAAGCCCACUGGAGAGCCUCUAUAACCUGAUGGUAGAGCCAAGAGUGGACUGUUUCCAGCAGAACAUGUUCAGCUCAAAUAUGAUCAUCAGCGACCCAGCUUCAGAUCUCGGCACUAAAGGAGCCAGCAGGGCCGGCAAGAGGCAGCUAAGCAGUGUUCAGAACCCCUGCCCUCCCGCCCGAGGCAGGGCCUGGCACAAGUCCCUCAGCAUAAAGGACAAGAUAUCAGAAUGGGAAGGGAAAAAGGAGUUGCCUACUCCUGCCUCUGGCAGGAAAGCAGAUGGGCAAGAGGAUUACCUGACGUCGUGUGUGACGGAGAGGAGAAGCCGCGAUGGUUCGAGGACUCGGGUCGCAGAGGCUCAGAACGGAACAAGGCUGGAUGCAGAGAGUAGAGAGGAUGAGAGGAAUAAAGGGGUAGUGAAAGUCGAGGCACAGGAUGCAGAGCAGAGGCAAGACCUGAGCCAGCCAGCCCGGGAGCCGGCUCCCAGCUUGGGAAGAGGCCGGGAGCCCAGGCUUGGCAAGCAGCGCUUUCAAAAUGAUAGCCUCUCUGUGCUGAAGCAGGUGGAGAAACUUGAGCAGGCUCUGAAGGAUGGGUCUGCAGGGUUGGAUCCCCAGUUACCUGGCACCUGUUAUUCCGCACACUGCCUGCCGGACAAGGCCGAGGAGGGGCCCACCCUUCCUGAGAACCGUGGGGGCGGGAGUAGCUCAGAAUUCAGGGCCCAUCGCUUGGACCUGGAAGGCAGGGAGCCCGCCCCUGAGGCCGCAGAGGAAAGGAAGGGCUUGGGCGGGAGGCCCUGCGACCAGAGGCUGGAGAGUGUGUACAGGGGCUUGGAGGACUCCCCCGCAAGACCCUUCAUCAGCCCCCCGCCCAAACCCCGGAGAACUUUCAAACAUGAUGGCGAAGGGGACAGGGAUGGGAACGCAGGCAUCAGCUUCCGGAAAGAUAAAAGGAACCUGCCUCCUCUGCCCUCUCUACCUCCCCCGCCCCUGCCCUCCUCUCCCCCGCCUUCCUCUGUGAACAGGAGACUGUGGAGCGGGAGACCGAAAGCCAGUGCUGACCACAGAAAGUCCUAUGAGUUUGAAGACUUACUGCAGUCUUCCUCUGAGAACAGCAGGGUUGACUGGUGCGCACAGACGAAGCUGGGGCUCACACGCACUUUAUCGGAGGAGAACGUCUAUGAGGACAUUCUAGAUCCACCAAUGAAGGAAAACCCUUAUGAGGACGUUGAGUUACAUGGUCGAUGCCUCGGGAAGAAGUGUGUCUUGAACUUUCCAGGUUCUCCCACCUCUUCCAUCCCUGACACACCCACCAAGCAGUCCUUGUCCAAACCUGCUUUUUUCCGGCAAAAUUCAGAGAGGAGGAACUUCAAACUGCUGGACACUAGGAAGCUGAGUCGGGAUGGCACUGGGUCCCCUUCUAAAAUCAGCCCUCCCUCCACCCCCAGCAGCCCUGAUGACACUUUCUUUAACCUCGGAGACCCACAGAACGGCAGGAAGAAGAGAAAGAUACCCAAGCUGGUGUUGCGAAUCAAUGCCAUUUAUGAGGCCCGGAGAGGAAAGAAACGGGUGAAGAGGCUGUCCCAGUCCACGGAGAGCAACUCAGGAAAAGUGACAGAUGAGAACAGUGAGUCUGACAGUGACACCGAGGAGAAGCUGAAAGCCCACAGCCAGCGCCUGGUCAAUGUGAAGUCACGCCUGAAGCAGGUUCCAAGAUACCCAUCACUGGACCGGGAGCUCGUCGAGUACCAGGAGAGGCAGCUCUUCGAGUACUUUGUGGUCGUGUCUUUGCACAAGAAGCAGGCCGGGGCUGCCUAUGUGCCCGAACUCACCCAGCAGUUCCCUCUGAAGUUGGAAAGGUCUUUCAAGUUCAUGAGAGAAGCUGAGGACCAGCUGAAGGCUAUCCCCCAAUUCUGUUUCCCUGACGCCAAGGACUGGACCCCUGUCCAGCCGUUUACCAGUGAAACAUUCUCGUUUGUCUUAACUGGAGAAGAUGGGAGCAGGAGGUUCGGUUACUGCCGAAGACUGCUGCCUGGUGGCAAAGGAAAGCGUCUCCCUGAAGUUUAUUGCAUCGUGAGCCGCCUGGGAUGCUUCAACCUCUUUUCGAAGAUCUUGGAUGAGGUAGAAAAACGACGAGGCAUCUCUCCCGCCCUGGUCCAGCCUCUCAUGAGGAGCGUCAUGGAAGCCCCUUUCCCAGCCCUGGGCAAAACCAUUGUUGUCAAGAACUUCUUGCCAGGAUCAGGAACUGAGGUGAUUGAACUGUGCCGCCCUCUGGACUCCCGGCUCGAACACGUGGACUUUGAGUCUCUCUUUUCCUGUCUCAGCGUCCGACACCUGCUCUGUGUUUUUGCCUCCCUGCUUCUGGAAAGGAGGGUCAUCUUCAUCGCAGACAAACUCAGCACCCUGUCCAAGUGCUGCCACGCGAUGGUGGCGGCCAUCUACCCCUUCACCUGGCAGCACACCUACAUCCCCGUGCUGCCCCCUGCCAUGGUCGACAUCGUGUGCUCGCCAACCCCCUUCCUCAUUGGGCUGCUCGCCAGCUCGCUGCCGCUGCUCAGAGAGCUGCCGCUGGAGGAGGUCCUUGUGGUCGACCUUGUCAACAAUCGGUUCCUCAGACAGAUGGAUGACGAGGAUUCCAUUCUGCCCCGGAAGCUUCAGGUAGCCCUGGAACACAUUCUGGAACAGAGGAAUGACCUGGCUAGUGACCAGGAUGACAGGUCCCCAGACUGCAAGCGUGGCCCUGAGUCCAGCCCCUUGAACGAGGUGGUAUCCGAAGCCUUUGUCCGCUUCUUCGUGGAGAUCGUGGGCCACUACUCGUUGUUCCUGACGGCGGGCGAGCGAGAGGAGAGGACCCUGCAGCGAGAGGCCUUCCGCAAAGCCGUCUCCUCCAAGAGCCUCCGCCGGUUCCUGGAGGUCUUCAUGGAGACCCAGACGUUUCGGGGCUUCAUCCAGGAGCGGGAGCUGCGCCGGCAGGAUGCCAAAGGUCUUUUUGAGGUCCGAGCCCAAGAGUACCUGGAAACACUCCCCAGUGGAGAACACAGUGGUGUCAACAAGUUCCUGAAGGGACUAGGCAAUAAAAUGAAGUUUCUCCACAAGAAAUAGCCCUCAAUCCAGCCUCCAGGGAGAACUUUUCCUAGGGCAACCACGUGUUUUAAAAACAGUCCUGGUGGUCUUUCUGAAAUGUUGGGUCCUUGGUUGUCCCAGGGGCUGGGAUAAAGGCCGGGGUGGUUUCCGGCCACCACUGGACUCUCCCCAGGACCUGGGACCCCCGAGCCACCGGAAGGUGCCGCUUCUUUAGAACAGCACUGGAAAUGGGACCUGAGACCAGGCACAUUCAAACGGAAUGUUUUGGUUGUUGGUUUUGGGUUUUUAAAAUUUUUUUUAUCUUAGAUAUUAAAAAAAAAAAAAGUGUUUGGGUUUUCCUUUUAUUAUGCCAAGGCUAAGACAGCUGUCCUGCCCUGUGUCAUCUCUCCCUGGUUCAUCCUGCCUGGCAGUUGUGCUCUGGAGCCAAGAGGAGGCGAUGGGAAGGAGCGGCCCCCAGGUGCUCCUCUGGGCAGAACCGGGGACCAGUGCGGGGGUGAAGGGGGGAGCAUUGUGGCGACACCUACAGACACUACAGACACCACACCACAGGUGUCAGGACGGGAGUCCUCUUGGGGAAAGGGCUGGCAGGUAGUGGAGUGGAGUCAAAUCUGUGCUGAAAAGGAAGAAAGCGAACAGUAAAAGGGUUUGGUUUCCUGGGAUGAGCCGCGCUUUCAGCUGGCUGGUGAUGCCACCUGGUGGCCGAGGCCACUUGCUGUCAUGCCACUGACUCCUCUGGUCCCAAAUGGACCUGACUUUUCUGGACGGCCUCUUUCCUCUUAGAAGCCAUAGAGCCAUCCCCUGCCCGAGCAGCCCAUGACUUUUAGAGGUACACACAAAAAGAGGAAAUCUCCUCGUAAGAUCUGUUAAUAAAAUAUUCUUAGGGUCCUAAAGUUUAUGAUGCUGCCUAGAGCCCAUCUUAAAACAUGUGAGCCACUGCUUUGAGCCCAUUCCUGUUUAUACUAUAUGAAAUUUUCCCAUCUCAGUGUAGGGACCCAGAGCAGCGUACAUGAACUAGUACAUGUGCAGGAUGAAUGCAGGGACUUUUGUUGUUGAUGUUAUCAAGGAGCAUCAAAACUUUGGGGACAGCUUCCUCAGACUUGUGCGGCCAGAGGGGAAGAAGCAGGGGGUGUAAGAGAAGGCUGCAUUCCGGGGGGCACUGUCCUGCAAGGCCUGCGGCGGGGCGGCAGAAAGAGAACAGUCGGCAGCACAGGCACGUUCUCAAAGCAGGCCUCCGGGCCACCCCCCGGUCAACCCACUGCCUGCACAUCCCACUGGUGGAUUCCCUCUGGGUGGCACCAGGAACCCUGCAAAAACACACGAAAGGUAUGUGCUCUGACCUUGGCAAUGGCCCAGGGGCCUGUGCUGCCUGGCAGAGGUUUUGUUUGUUUGUUUGUUUUUAAUUUUUUGGCUGCGUUGGGUCUUCGUUGCUGCGCGCGGGCUUUCUCUAGCUGCGGUGAGCGGGGGCUACUCUUCGUUGCGGUGCGCAGACUUCUCAUUGCGGUGGCUUCUCUUGUUGCGGAGCACAGGCUCUAGGCGUGUGGGCUUCAGUAGUUGUGGCACACGGGCUCAGUAGUUGUGGCUCACGGGCUCUAGAGCGCAGGCUCAGUAGCUAUGGUGCACGGGCUUAGUUGCUCCAUGGCAUGUGUGAUCUUCCCGGACUGGGGAUCGAACCCGUGUCCCCUUCAUUGGCAGGCGGUUUCUUAACCACUGCACCACCAAGGAAGUCCCCUGGCAGAGGUUCUUGACCUUUAGGGAGUUGGGAGCAAGGGGGUCUUCUGAGGGAAAAUAAGAACAAGAGGAAAAUAAGGAGAGGUUGACCUCUCAUUCUACAUUAGGGGUUCUUAACUGAAGUCAUGGACCCCCCAAAUUGUAUCCGAGAUUUGGUGUGUCCAUUCGUUUUUGGGGAGAGAGGAUCCAUAGUUUACAUCAGAUUCUCAAAGGGGUCCAAGGCCCCCCAAAAGGGUAAGAAUGAGACUAUGCGUAACAAUUAACCUGGGUAGAUAUGUGUGGUUGGGGGUUGGGGGAAGACUGAAAGAGAGUCUCUGAGUGUUUGGACUCAGGAAUUUGUAACUAACAAGCUCCUCAGAUUAGUUAACUCUAUUAAUACCAAUAUUCUGCCCAGAGAUGAUCACUUUCAAUAUUUUAUAAUCUACCUUCUUUUCUAACUUAUUUCAUAUUAUAUUGUUUACACCUCCAAGUGAAUAAAUAUACAUCUUUUCAACACCUCUAAUGGUCACAUAAUAUUCUAUUUUAUAGAUAUACUAAAAGUUAUUUUACCAAUCCUCUCAUGCA